UGGCCGAUAGACUUUCGAGAGCGGCUUGCUGUCAAAAUAAUAAAAAUACUUUUUAUUAGAGCGUAUGCCAUAUUUGUAUGUAUUUGCAUAGUUUUCAUACAACAAUAAUAAUAUAAAACUGAAUGAGUCCCAUACAUUUUUCCUCAGAUGUUGUAAAAGUUAAUACGCAGAGGUCAUUUACACCUUUGCGGAUCGCUUCGUGUCGUGCGUAUUGAGGCACCAGUCGUACGCGCUGUUUACGUCUUAGGAUGAGUGAAGAUGGAAGCGAUGACUCUCCGCCCCGGCCGAAGCGUAAAAUCAAGAGAGUGGUGGUCUUGUCAUCGUCAGACUCUGAAAGCGAUAGUAGCAUCAGCGUGGCGGGGACACGUAGAAAGAGAUUGAGAGUGCUUAGUGAUGAGGAGGCAAGUGAUAGCAGCGGAAGUUCAGUAGUGCGCGCUGGAACUAGACGAAGGCGAACACUGCCGAAGCUUCGAGACUCUGAAGCAGAAAGCGACAGUUCUGGUUGGUCGACGGAGCACGCAGAUUCUUCCAGACCUGUGACUUCAGCAUCCAAACCGAUCUCAGGCUUUGCAUCUGAUAGUUCUGAAGGCAAUUCCGAUAAAUGCUCAAUAUGUCUUUUGCGUUUUAAAGAACAAGAAGUAGGAACACCUGAAAGCUGUGAGCACAUAUUCUGCUUAGACUGUAUCACAGAAUGGUCGAAAAAUGUCAACACAUGUCCAGUGGAUAGAAUGACAUUCAAUUCCAUUAUUGUCAAGGCUUGUGUUGGUGGACGUGUGUUAAGAAAAGAACCAGUAAAGGUCAUAGAGCGAAGGCCUUCUGUCGAGGCUUUAGUAGUUGAAGAUCCAACUGUGUGUGAGAUAUGUGGCAGUAUUGAAGAUGAAGAAACUAUGCUAUUAUGUGAUGGCUGUGACCUCGGUUACCACAUGCAGUGUCUCUCACCUCCACUCUCCGAGGUUCCUGCUGAUCAGUGGCUUUGCCCAAAUUGCUAUGUUUCUCUUAAUGGAGAGAGUAAUCUGCUGGAGGACAUCAAUCUAUCUGAAGUGGAAGAUUUAUUGGAAGGAGUUGUUGAUAUAGAUCUACCUCUUGGACCACGAUCUGUUUUAUUGAGGCAACAAAGAAAUGUCAGGAGAUCAUCCAGGAAUGCAGGCAGACUUGACCAACCCUCAACUUCAAGUGGUGGUCAUGGCAAUAGUAACAAUAUAAAUGAAUUGUCUGUAAUAUCUAGAGGCUCAACAAUUUCACAAAGAAGUUCACGUACCACUAACAGACGUCAAGCAAUAACAAAACGUAGAAAAUAUAAAAGAAGAAGAACUAAAACUGUUAUUAUUGAGUAUGAGGUUCAGGAGAAUGGAAAAUUUCCAAUUACAAAAAGGGUUAAAAAGAAAGUGAAAAGGAGAAGGGUUAAAAAAAGACAACCACGAACAGCUGCUAGACGAUCAUAUGUUCGUGCGAGUGUUCGAGCUAAACUGGCUACUCUGAAAACUGACCAGAGACCAGAUAUGGUACAAGCAUCAAAUGCUAACAGGAGUAAUCUAUCUGUUCAACGUCAAAGAGCUGGCAUUCCUUCACUGAGACUGUAUGGAAACCCUAAUGAACUAGAUUACUUCUCUGAUGAUGAAAAUGCAAACUCGGAAGAAGCAUCUACUGCAGUAGCCACUAGAUCAACAUCUAAUAUACUGAGUGCAUACAGACAGGCCAGAAGGAAAAUGAUAAUGGUGCCGUCCCCGCCUCAUGCAUCGUCGGCUCCAGACAUUCUAUCUAACAUUUUAGAAAGCCAAACUUUGCUGCAUUCAAAAAAAUCUAUAAUUUCCAUCUCUGUAGAUGGAAAUGUUGAUUACAAGAUUCAAUCACAUAAGGAAAAUCAAGAAAAAAAGAAUGUUGUUACCAAGAAUGAGGAGAAACUCGAUUUGUCAAAAGCAAAUGAGACUGUUCGAAAUGUACCGUCAUACCCGGGCCAGAACAGGGGUGGUGGGUGGGGAGGAGGUUACAGAGGUAAUUAUCAUCGUGAGCAAAAUUCAAAUAAUUUUAAUAGAGGAGGUAAUUACGAAAACAAUUAUGGAGGGAACUAUCAAAAUAGACAAGGAAACACAUACAAUUAUCAAAACAAUAACAUGCGUCGUGAUGACACCGACUAUUAUGAUAACUUUUCAAGAAGACCGCAGCAGUAUUCAAACACCGAUGACGCCUACUUCGACAGAUCGAGAAGGCCAGGACCUAUGGACAAUAAUAGAGGUAGCAAUUACUCAAACCAUCAGAGACCUAAUGAUCAGAGCCAGGGUCGCUUCAGUUUGGGAUCAUCCUGGCAACCUUACGGUGGCGGAGGCCCUUCAGCACCCACUCCUAGACAAGAUGUGCCUCCGACUCAGUCUCGUCAUUCGUUUGGUGGAUUCGAAAAUCCCGUUGAUAUGAGAAUGGGUCAGGUACCGCCGACUAAUACAAAUACGAAUUCCGAAAUGUUUUCUGGAAUUGAAACGCCUCGUCAAGAGAAAACUCAACCGCACGCAUACCACCCCAUGCCCGACCCUCAAGCGUAUCAGCCGAUGAUGGAACCUCCUGUUUUCAAUUAUCAGAAAAAUUCCGAAGUGGAAAAAUCCGAGGACGAAAAAAGCGAUUCGGGUCUCGUCAUUGAUACGGAGAAAUAUGACCCUACAGAACCGACACACGACGACGACAGCGGUGACGAUGAACCGAUAGAAUCGCAAGAGCCCGAAAUACCUCCACCCCCAGCAGUGCAGAGUAUCCUGGCCGGCAUCGACACCAGCGCCAUGAACGUGCCGCCUAAUAUAUUAGACACUGCCGUCAGACAGGUUCUCAAAGAGCAUAGAAAUUUAAUUGUACCUCAGAAUGCAGAGAAGCAUGACAGAAGCGAUGACGAUUCGGAUGGCGAUUGUCCCAAUUUCUCAAUUUACUCAGCCACUAGUGUUCAUAUAGCAAAUAACAGCAGCAGUUUGACAGAUGAGGUGCCGCAGGAGCAGCCUCAGGAUAGCUUAGAAGAUUUAGUUCAAGAAGACGACGAGACACCUCCGUCGACAUCUCCCAUAACAAUAACUGACACAGUAAACAACGAAAAGAAAGCUGAUGUUAGCAGAACUUCUACAAAGCCACUUGUUAGCAAUUAUGAUAUGGAUGAAAAGAAGAAAUCUGAAGAAGAAUAUAAAGAAAAGGUGUCCAAGAGAUGUCCAAUAACGACGAAUACACGUAAUCCUAUAAAAAUUAAACUAAAUACAUCAUCCUUAAUUAAAAGGCAAGUUAGUUUGUAUGAUGAAGAAGAUACAAGUCAGGAUGUCGACGCUAACGAAAAAUCGGAAGUUAGUAAAGAAAUGCCUGAAGAGAAAAUAAAUGUAAAUAGUAAUACAAGUCAGAAAAAAUAUGAUGAGAGUGAAAAGAAAAAAUCUCCUUCGCCCGAGAAGUGUGAUUUACCACUCGAAUCUAAUGAAAUCACUAAAUCUUCAAAUCUACUUAUAAACAAUAUUAUUGAUAAGGAUAGUUCAGAGAAACAAGAACAUAUUAUAAAAGAAUCAGUGGAUGAUAAAGAUGAUGAUAAUAAAUGUGAAAAUAUAGGAUCAACUCAUAACUCGCCAUUAGACAAAAGUGAAGUCUCUCCAAUCAAUAAAGAGGAGUCUGAUGAAGAAGGUCACUCCGACGGUGAUGACGACGUACCAAUUAUAUUCACAGAACAAUCACCAAAACUUGAUCUAGAAGUUGCUAGAGUUGAUGAUAAUGUUGAAAAAAUGACUGAAUCCAUUAGUGAAACAGAAGAUGAACGGAGUUACACGCCGUGUCUUGACGAAAACAAAUCUAACAAAGACGCCUCGUUCGAAACUGAAAAGGAUAAAGGACUGGAGGGCCUGGACACGGAAAUGAUAUCCGAAGAGGAAGGGAACGAAAUGUUUUCAGAGAACGAACGAGCCGCGUCGGAGAUUUCGCGUGCUUCUCCCACGAGGGUGCCCCUCGAGAAUGAGGAGGGUGAGAUCGCCGAUAAAAAGAAAGAGACAAAAAAGGUAUCGCUCCGCGACGAGGGGGCGAAGAAGAAAAAAAAGAAGGAGUCCAAGAAAGACGUAAAAGAAAAGAGUAAGAGCAGAAAAAAGAGUGAAAUUUCCUUUAAAAAGCUCAGUAAAAGCGGAAAGGAGAGAAAUUAUAGAGAGAGAGACAAAAACGAGAAAAGGAGCGAAAGAGAACGCCGUGACUCCGGCGACGGUAAUGAGAGCCGGCAGCGUAGGCGUAAAGAGAAGAGAAAGGAUCUCGAACGUUACGACGUGCGUACUGUCGUCACCGAGAAGAGAAGAAAGCAGAAGGACCCCUUCGGCAGAGACGUGUCGCCGCGAGGUCGCUCGCCCUCCCUGUCACCGCCCCCGCGCUCGCCCUCCCCCGCGCCCUCUCGCCGCAGGCGGACCGCCUCGCGUCACAGGCGUUCCUCGCGCCGCUCGCUCUCCAAGGGCCGGCGCUCGGCCUCCAGGGGCCGCCGCUCCCUUUCUAGAAUACGAAGAUCACCCUCGCCGUCGCGACGAUCCCUGUCCCGAAGGAGGUCACCCCCCGGCCGCAGGUCCGCCCCCCGCCGCACGAGCAUCGCGCGCGGGCGCUCCCCGGCCCGCUCCAGGGCGUCGCUCGCGCGCGCCCGGCGCUCCGUGUCCUCUCUGCGGCGCCGCUCGGGCACCCCGCGCGCCUCUCCGCGGCGCAGAAGCCCCCCGCGCCGCAAACGCCGCCGCUCCGGCUCGCGAGUCGCCCGGCGCCGCUCGGUCAGCGCCAGCCCGCCGCGCCGCGCCAACAAAAAGAAGAAACGCACGCGCUCCGCCCGCCGGGCCCCCGUCGCCGUCUCUCCGGAGCGCAAGCGGAGGCGCAGCGCGAGCCGUCAGGCCGAGCCGGAGCCCCCCUCGCCGAUAUCGCGCCCGCCCUCGCCGCGCACCCCGCCGCCCGAGCCGGAACCCGAGCCGCGUCCGCCGCUGCGAUCGGACGACGAGCCCGAGCGCCGCGAGCGCAGGCGUCGCGACCCGGACCGGCAGAGACGCCGCGUGCGCGACGCCGCCGGGCCGUCGAAGGAGGUGUUCACAUCCGGUGACAACAUCCUCGUCAGUGUGAGCUUCAAGGAACAGGAGCGCGGGGAGGAGGGCGAUCGGCGACGUCGACGAGAGACCCGCCGCGACCGCAGGCGGCGCCGCCGAGCCGCCGUCGCGCCGGAAGUCGAAGUCGCCAAGCCCGUCGCCAUCAUCGACCUCGAACGAUCGCCCUUCCGCGAACUGACGCCCUCGCCGAAGAACGUGAUCGUCCUCAGCGACAGCGACCACGGCGAGAGGGAGGGCGCCGACGCGGGAGCCCCGCCGGCGCCCGAACCGGAGCCGGCGCCGGAGCCCGCACCGCCGGCGCUCGGACCAAAGACUCCCCCGGAGCCGACGGUGCCGGAGCCCGCCGCGCCGGAGCCGGCCGAGCGGCCCGACGAGCAGGCCGAGGCCGCGGGUUCCGAGCGGCAGUCGCCGGACGCGUACGACCCGUUCGAGCCGACGCGCUCGGCGUCCGCGUCGCCCGCGUCCGCGUCGCCCGCGCCCGAGCCCGCGCCGCCCUCGCCGCCGCGCGCGCUCAUCACGCUGGAGGCGGCGCAGCGCAGCAACCUGUCGGCCGACGAGGUGCUGGACCGGCGCCCGCUGACGCCCGUGGAGAAGGUGAUGGCGCUGCUGCAGUCCACGCGCGACGCGUCGCCCGAGCCGGCGGACGCGCUGGCGGAGCCGCCGCCGGCGCCCGCGCCGCGCAUCGUGCUGCCGUCGCCGACGCGCGUACCGCCCAAGCUGUUCCCGGGCAAGCCGUCGCCGAUCAAGUCCAACCCGGUGAAGCCCAUGCAGGCGCUGCGGCUGCAGCGGCCGCCGUCGGAGGGGGGCGCCUCGCCCUACUCGCCGGGCUCCAGCGACUUCGGCGAGCUGUUCGAGCCGCCGCCGCGCCGCGUCCGCGCCGCCUCCAAGGUGCCGGUGCGCCUCGACCGCAAGAAAGGCAAGACGCAGGUGGGCGUCAAAAUAGACGAGGAGAACCUGAAAAUUCUGGACGACUUGCCGAGUUCCGCCGUCGAGAUGCAAGUCAAGAGUAAAAUGUCCGUGCGUGCGCAGUUCCUGAAGAAGCUGAACCGCCAGGAGCGCGUCGUGGAGGAGGUGAAGCUCGUGCUGAAGCCGCACUACAACAAGAAGCGCGUCACCAAGGAGGAGUACAAGGACAUCCUGCGCCGCGCCGUGCCCAAGAUCUGUCACAACAAGUCGGGCGAGAUCAACCCGACGAAGAUCCAAGCCCUCGUGGAAGCUUACGUGAAGAAGUUCAGGAAAAAACACAAACUCGGAAUGGCGUAGUCGCGUAGCGUAGCGGAUGUUCUAUCAGAUUAUUGUAAUUAUAAUUUAUGUACGGACAAUGUAUUUUACUUAAACGUUUUAUUUAAAUGAAUAAAAUAAUAUAGAUUUAAAUCACGAUGGAAGACUUAUUUAGUUUAUUCUCGGAUCGAGAAAUGAAACGAACAAUCGAUUUUGCAAAUAUGUAUUGAAAAUAUAAGUGCAACACGACAUCGGGUAACACUAUGACUUAUUUAUAGUUAGUAUCGACUCAGAGAGCUAGUGUCUUUUAAACGUUACAUGUAGAAGAUUUUUGUAUGAAUUAGAAGAAUUAAAGUUCCAAUCUGAAUACAAAGUUAUAUACCUUUUUUUUAUAAACAUCAAGUCUAUCUUCGACCUACAAUUAACAAUAAUAUUGCACUGUAUAGCUGAACCUAAGUAAGUAUAUCCAAUCGAUCCUAACCAAAUGUCGAUCCUAAA